UUAUCCUUUUUUUCUCCAUAACCUCACCAUCUUCUUCUUUUUCAUCAUGUUCUUCCUCAUUUCCCCAAUCCAUAGCUUAACUCGAGGCUCGUCUCUUUCGGUCGAAAACAACGAAGACAUUCUAACAUCACCAAACAACCUUUUCACAGCUGGUUUUCAUAAAGUUGGAGAAAAUGCAUAUUGUUUUGCGAUUUGGUUCACAGACCAGCCCACGACAGACGACGUUCGCACUGUCGUCUGGAUGGCUAACCGAGACGAACCAGUAAACGGAAAAAGCUCCAAACUUUCUUUAUCUAAAGAUGGAAAUCUUGUUUUAACAGAUGCUGAUCAAUACAUUAUUUGGUCAACUCAAACAAAGUCAAACUCUGCUUCUUUUCAAUUACAACUUCAUAACACAGGGAACCUUGUCCUUCAAGAAAAACAACAAAUUCUUUGGCAAAGUUUCGACUUUCCAACAGAUACCCUUCUUCCAAAUCAACAUUUAUCAAAAAGCACACAACUUGUUUCUUCUAGAAGCUCUACUAAUUUUUCUUCUGGCUUUUAUAAGCUAUUUUUCGAUACAGAUAGUAUUCUUCGUCUUCACUACGAUAGCCAAGAAACGACUACGGUUUACUGGCCCGACCCGGGUAUGCUGCCAUGGGAGUCAGGAAGAUACCAAUACUUAUACAAAAGAAAAGCUAGCCUUGAUUCUUAUGGCAGGUUUAACUCAUCAGACGGUCUAAAUUUCGAAUCAGCUGAUUUCGGUAUUUUAGUACAAAGAAUGAUGAAAAUUGAUAUAGAUGGUAACUUAAGAGUUUACAGUCUUGUUGAGAAUCAGUUAGGUAGACAGAAAUGGGAAGUACAAUGGCAAGCAAUUCCUCAUUCUUGUAGGAUUCAUGGUAUUUGUGGGCAAAAUAGUCUUUGUACUUAUGCUUAUUCUCAAGAUUUAAGUAGAAGUUGUAGUUGUUUACAUGGGUAUAAAAUGGUGAAUUCUCAAGAUUGGAGUUAUGGGUGUGAGCCAAUAUCGAAAACUUGCAAGCCCGAAAAUGAGGAUUUUAUCGAGCUUCGACAUGUCGAGUUUUAUGGCUACGAUAUUCGGUACCACGAAAACUAUACUCUUGAUGCUUGUAAGCAAGAUUGUUUGCAAGAUUGUGCUUGUAAAGGGUUUCAACUUGGAUAUGAUGAUGAAGAAUUUGUUAAUAAGAAAUCUAGCUUUUCUUGUGAAGUACCAAAGGUAAGUACUGUACUUACAAGAACAUACGAAAAGAAACGAGAUAGCAAGCCCCUUAGGUUCAUGCUAGUUUUAGGAUGUGUUAUUGGGUUUCUUGAGAUCAUAAGCAUACUAUAUUUUUGGGUUAAGAGCCGGAAACGCGCAGUUACACCAGACGAGACUUAUUUUCUAGCCAUGACGUCGUUUAGAAAGUUUACGUACAAAGAGCUGAAAACUGCGUCGCGUAAUUUUAGUGAAGAGAUAGGUCGUGGGGGUGCUAGUGUUGUGUAUAAAGGACGGUUAUCAGAUAAUCGAAUUGUAGCCAUCAAGAAGCUCAAGAAUAGUUCUCAUCAAGGUGAAGCUGAAUUUCAAGCAGAAUUAAGUAUAAUUGGAAGGCUAAAUCAUAUGAACUUGCUUGAAACAUGGGGUUAUUGUGCUGAAGGAAAGCAUAGGCUUGUAGUUUACGAGUACAUGGAGAACGGGUCGUUGGCUGAAAAUUUGAGUUCGGGUAAACUUGAUUGGGAAAAAAGGAUGGAUAUCGCAAUAGGGACAGCAAAAGGACUUGCUUAUUUACAUGAGGAGUGUUUGGAAUGGGUUUUACAUUGUGAUGUGAAACCUCAUAAUGUAUUGUUGGAUGAUAAUUACAAUCCAAAAGUGGCAGAUUUUGGGCUUUCAAAGUUAUUGGAUAGAGGUGGAAUGGGCACGUCAAAGUUUUCGACAGCUAGAGGGACCAGAGGCUAUAUGGCACCCGAAUGGGUGUUCCAUCUUCCGAUCACUUCAAAAGUUGAUGUGUAUAGCUACGGUGUGGUGAUAUUGGAGAUGAUAACGGGUCGUGGUCCAGGAAGGAAGCAGCAAACAAGUGAAGAAGGUGAUAUAAGUGAGCGUGGGGUGGUUGAGUGGGUUAGAGGUAUGAUCCAAGAGUUUGAUGGAAAUUCUCGAGACGGAUCAUGUGUUGAGAAGAUAGUAAAUGGUUCGGUAAGUGGUGAAUUUGACCGAAAAACCAUGGAAAAUCUGGUUAGGAUUGCAUUGCAAUGCGUCGAGGAAGAUAUGGACGUUCGACCCACAAUGAGCCAAGUGGUUCAUAUGCUUCUACAUCCUGCAGAAAAUGAUUCAUAGUACUCUCCUAUAUAUAUGGUGUAUGCAACUAUGUAAGAUUAUAAGAGAUUUUAAUUUGUAAAUGUACUAUGUCAUAAGAAACUUUGAGUCAUUAGGCCGACUCAUCAAGUUGUAUCUAAACAUAAUUUGAAUUGUGCUAUUGUUUA